AUGACUACUAUUGGCCGAGCUUCACGCUGGAGCCCAGAUUUCGAGCAAAGAAGUCGCGUCAAAACAAAAUUUGUCAUCAAUAAAGUUGAAGGUUUGCGAACAAUUUUUAAACAAGAAUGGGACAUGCGUUUCGGAACGGCUCUUGGAGAAUGGAAAGAUGAUCCUAGUAACGGGAAAGACUUUUACAAUGUAGAGUCCCCACGAAACCAAAGGAGGAACAAGCAUAUGUUGUCGACCAUGAUUAAAGGAAAUAGAGCGAAAUGGGAUUCUACCAUGUUUUUUUACGCCAUUCUCUACUCAGAUUGCAUGUUCAGACUAAACGCGGUGGUGAGAAGGAAUGUCGACGAUCUUAGGAAAUUUCGCAAUGAAGAAUUUGCUCAUAUGCCACAAGGUCAACUUUCGGAGUUAGACUUUAAAAUUGCUAUUGGCAAAGUUUCUGCAGCAUUCCAAGCACUAGGUCUUUCCACUAUAGAGAUUCAACAAAUCACAAACCAAAAGACGUUUCCUACAGAAGAGUUAAGAGAUGUCUUAGACAAAGUGAAACACUUAAAGAAAGACUUAAUAGAAAAAGAAAACGAGGACCUUGCAGAUCAGCUGAAGAAGAUAGAGAGUCAACGCGAGGAUCCGGAAGAUCUGCUGAAGGAAACUGGAAAACAACGAAUUUGUCUUGAAGAUCAGCUUAAGGAAACUGAAAAGCAACUACAGGUUCUUAAAAAUGAGAUUAAAGAAACAGUAGAAAAACGAAUGGGCCUUGAGAAUCUCUUACAAAAAAAAGAAAAUGAGCUACAGGAAAGAGAAGAAAAACGCAGGACCCGUACAGACCAGCUUAAGACAACAGAAGAACGACAAAGAAACCUUGAAGAUAAUGUGAGGGAAAUGGAAGAGAAACGAAAGAGCUUUGAAGAUCAGUUACAAGAGAAAGAAAAACAAAUGAAGAGCUUUGAAGAUCAGCUGAAGAAAUCCGAAUUUCAACGACAAGUUCUUACAGAACAACUACUGAACGACACCUCCCCGUUUUGCAUUCUUCCUCCUAAACCUUCACACGACAUAGCAAGUCGCGAUGUUGAGGUUGCUGAAAUGACAAAACAGUUGCAGGAGCUUAAGCGAGCUGAUGCGAGCAACUUAAGUAUCUUGUAUAUAUCCGGAAAUCCUGGCAGCGGUAAACUAGCAAGUCUUGUAGCCGAGAGAUUUUACGAGAAAGCCCAAGAAAAUUCCCGCUCUGUAACGUUUGUGAUGACUCUGAUGUGCGCUCGACAAAUGAAGUGCCUCGAAGAUAUGAUUGUACAAAUCCAUAGCUCCAAAUGUUUGAAGACAGAGGACAAGAUUAACAGCAUGAUAUCCUUAAUCAGCUCAAAGAUUGAUCUGUACGAGUCCUGGCUUCUGUUGGCUGACAACGUGAAAAGCUUAUCUGAAAUGCAUGUUCAUUUACCCCAGCAAGGACAUGGACAGUGGGGAAAGGGGUAUCUGUUGAUCACAACCCAAGAUAGUACAUGUAUACCGUUAACAAGCACUUCCAUUCGACACAUCUCAGUAAGCGAGGGUAUGCAGUCUCAAGAGGCGUCUUCUUUGUUAGCCCUGAUUUCUGGUAUCAGCGAUAGUGAGAUGGAGGAAGUAGUAGCUAGAGAACUCGACUACCAACCUCUUGCUUUAGCAAGCGCAGCCACCUAUGUGAAGCAACUUCGACAGAGCAAACGUCUCUCAGAGUUUGGAUGGAAUGACUAUUUGAGGAAAGUAGAGAAAGGGCAACGUGAUGAGACAGAGACUCUACUUACAGAGACCAACCCAUGUUACAAGAAAUCGAUGACAACAGCAACAACACUGGCCGUUAAGGAGGUAAUGCAAUCAGACAGAACCAUAGAUCAUGCAUUAAGUUUUCUCUCCCUCCUUUCGUCACAGCCCUUAAAUGUGGAAAUCGUGGUGAAUUAUAUUGUAAGCGUCGAUGAAGGAAUAAAAGAUGAAGAGAUGAUAAUUAUGAAACUCCAAAGAUGUUCGCUAAUUUUAUUACAUGAAGAUGAGUUCGGUUUCCUCAUCUGGGUACAUCAGAUCGUGCGCGAUAUCGUUCACUCUUUGAUUAAGGGCUAUCCAGAAAGCCAUCACGUGAAAACUUUGAAAAGCGCUAUUGCGGCGUUUGGCCAGUUCAUGGAUGACAACUUACCGAUGGGAUCGUCAGAUUCAAUUUUGCAAAGCUACGUCCUUGCCCUACAUUUGAAAUGUUUCAUUCUUAGAUUUGAAAACGUACUUUCGAAAGUUGCCCUUCCUCAAAUCGUCCAGCCUGAAAUGAAAAAGCUCGGCAAGAUAUGUGAGAACCAUUGUCAUUUUCAGGCCGCAAAGAAAUUGUUAGCUUUUCUCCAAAAGUUUGGACCACAGCACGCUAGUGUUGCAACUAGUUACAAUAACUUAGGUAGGGUGCACAACAAACUAGGCGACUUUGAGAAGGCCAAGGAGUAUCACGAACUUGCUCUGAGCAUUACACAGAAAAAACUUGGACUUGAGAAUGUAGAAGUGGCA